AUGUUUAUAAAGCUUCUGUUAUUACUGAUACUGCCAACUAAUUACUGUUCGGGUAGCUGCUUUUUUCAAUGUCAGCUUUAUUGGUUGAACAAUCGACGGGUAUACGAAUGUACUGGAAAUUCCACAUUUGCAAAACAAUGCGAUAGCGAAAAGCAACCAUUAACGACAUCUAGUGGUGGCGGUGGUGAUAGUAGUAGCGCCGGCGAUUUGCUGGCUGGAGACUCUGGAAGAUUAAUUAUGUCAUCUGGAGUGCUAGAAAUUCCAUCUGGAAUUAUGGCUCUACACAUACGUCAUGCAAAUGUUGACGAAUUGAAAGCUUUUGAAAGUGUUGAAGUUGUAACGUUGGUACUGGAAGACUGUAAUUUGGUGACUGUUAAACCACAUGCGUUUCAAAUGGCUCGAAAUCUACACCAUCUUGAUUUGUCAAAUAAUUUGCUUAAAAGCAUCGAUUUUCGGAUUGAAAAUUCGAAAAUUGAUAAAUUGAUAUUGUCCAACAAUCUGUUAACUACUAUGCCAAGAUUGAAUGCACUGAGGUCGUUGCGAUAUUUAUAUCUGUCGAACAAUUUAAUCAGAGAAGUCAGCGGACGAUCGUUACUGCUUCCAAAGUUGGACUAUGUGGAUUUAUCAUGGAACGAACUUCGGACUAUUAGACGGACGGAUUUGAGCCCGUCGAUAAAAGUUCUCGUAUUGGACGGUAACCCGUGGCGUUGCGAUUGCCACCUGAGAGACUUCGUCGAGUUUCAACGGGCCACCUACAUCACCAGAUCGCUAGAAUGUGCUGAACCGAACGUAUUGAAAGGCAGCAACUGGAACGAUCUGUUGCCGCUGGUUGAAUUUUUUCAUUAUUACCACAUAUUUUAUAAACAGACAUAA